AUGGCUCUGCAAACGAGAGAUCACGGCACGAAGUACGACUUCGCAAGGGAUCUCAUCGGAUAUGGACGUCAGUCAAUUAAUCCGAGAUGGCCAGGAAAUGCGAAAAUCGCAGUAUCGUUUGUUAUCAACUACGAGGAGGGCGCUGAAAGGUCAUUGCUGAAUGGCGACGGCCAAACUGAAAGUGUGCUUUGGGAGCAGCCGCACGUCCCAGAACGCAUCGGCUCAAGAGACACAAAGAUUGAAAGCGAUUACGACUACGGCUCCCGAGUUGGGGUCUGGCGCCUCUUGAACAUGUUCGAACACAACGGAAUCUCAACGACAAUCAAUGCUGUUGGCCAAGCACUCGAAAAGAACUUGCCGUUGACACAGGCCCUUGUUGAUGGUGGUCAUGAGAUUGCCAGUCACGGAUAUCGAUGGGUGCCCUAUCACAAUAUGACUCCCGAGGAGGAGAAGCUGUAUAUCCUGCGACAGAUGUACUCUCUGAAGUCGACUACAGGAUCCUACCCCGUGGGUUGGUUCGUUGGACGAUGUUCGCCACACACGAAAGCCCUCAUCCAUGAAGCACACGAAGAGCUUGAUGCGCCGCUUCUCUACGAGGCCGAUUGCUUUUCGGACGACUUGCCGUACUGGACAGACGUGCCAGCAGAGCAAAAUGCGACCAAUCCGAAAGGUAUGCUCAUGUUGCCGUACAGCUACGACAACAACGACCUCAAGUUCCAGAUUGCGCCCGGAAGCUGGGGCUCUUCGUCUGCGUUUCUGGAGUAUCUUCAGAGCUCGUUCGAUGUCCUCUUUGCCGAGGGCGUCCAGGGCAUGCCAAAGAUGAUGACGAUCGGUUUGCAUUGUCGAAUAAGUGGAAAGCCCGGCAGGUUUGCUGCUGUUGAGUCUUUUGUGCAGUAUAUCAAGCAGCGGCCUGACGUCUGGAUCACGACAAGGAAAGACAUCGCGCAGCAUUGGCACAAGACAUUUCCCUAUGUCAGGAAGCACUCGACGCAAGGCGACAAAUGCGCCGCAAGUGCGGGGCCGACCUCACUUCUCGGAGAAAUGCAAUUUCAGGCGAAAAUAUGA